AAAGACUUUGUCCCUUAAAAUAUGUUGAGUGUUGAUAGUUAAGAAGGAAUUUGUGCUCUGUAAGUUUUGAAGGCAUUUGUGUUCUGUAAGUUUUGCAACAAAGUGGAUUUGGACUUUAUAAUGAGUAAGACCUCUUUGUUUUGCCCACUACCACCAUUUUUGUUGCUCUUGAACUAUUUUAAAUCGGAAAUGAAACCCAACCUGUUUUUAUUGCCCUCUAGGGAGAAGUAAGGAUGGCAACUGAGGGACCUCUUCAGGAGCUUAUUGAUGCAAUGACUUGUCCCAUCUGCCUGGGAUAUUUCAAAGAUCCUGUGAUGUUGGACUGCGGGCAUAAUUUCUGCAAAGCUUGCACUGUCCAGUCUUGGCCUGAAUCUGAGGGAGCCAAUGCUUGUCCCGAGUGCAGGAGACUCUUUCAGCCAAUGGACAGCAGGCCAAACUGGCAACUGGCCAAAGUGGUCCAGCUUGUCAAGCUGUGGGUGGAGAGACGACCAGAAAGGAGAAGGGAGGUGUGUAAAAGACAUCGGAAGCCCCUGAAGUUCAUUUGUAAAGAUGAUGAAGCCCCGCUCUGUAUGGUGUGUAAACGGACCAAGGCACACAGUGGCCAUAAGGUAGCCCUGUUGGAGGAAGUUGCCCGAGAGCUCAAGGAGAAAACCAAAGCCCAGCUGAAGGCUAUGGAGGAAGAGAGGAAGAACCUUGAAGGCUGCAAAAUUACUCAAGAGCCGGGAAGAUCAGAAUGUCUGAAAAUGUGACUGGACCCAGGCAUAGCACCCAAUCCCCUGUCAAUCUUUCUGAGGACCCUAAGGGUGUGAGACGCAAGGCGUAAAAGAUUUGGAACCUGCCUGUCCACCCUGAGACGCUCUGAUGUUGUACAAAAGAAAAACAAAAACACAAAGGAACCCCACUAGCAUCACCCUGAAGACAGAGGGACCCACCGGGUUGUGAGUCCUGGGAAUCUUUAGCCCCAUCCCUUAAUUCAAUGUGCAUGUUCAGUCAUGGGUGGGGAGAUGGCAGGCUCCACCUCCCCACCUGCAAACUUGCGUUUGAACUCCCAUGUAAAAUUCCCAUGUAGAGGGAUCUGUUCAGGAAUUCAAAUGCACAUACUGAGUUACUAACCCUAUGCUUCUGUUGAGGAAGCCUUAAUACUUAUCUUUACCUAGUUGAUUCUAGGUUCUUAAAUUCCUUCUAAACUAACACUUUUGCCCAGGGAGAAGACUGGGUUUUUUUCUGGACUUUGAGAGGAUCUAUUAGAAAUUAAAUUUUAGCCUUGCUUUGUGAGGUUUCGAUUGAUCCCUAAAAUAAACUGUUGGGAACAAUUCUUUAACAUACCUCGGGCAGGGAGUAAAUAUACACCUGAGGUACCAGAGUCCUUUACUUACAAUGGUUCCUUGAGUGAACUGAUAAGUGUUAUAAUGGCAUCUCAUCCAUCUUGCAUUUUUAUGUGCUCAUCAGAUAUUCUGAUCACGUGGCACCUCUUUGCUGAGGUUUGUUCUUAUAUAUAUUUUUGGGUGGGGUGGGGGUUGGUUACAUAUGAGCACUGGAAAAAUAAAAACAAAGCUU